UUCAGAUAGAGAGAAUUCAGAAAGAAAAAAUUGAGAGAGAGAGAGAGAGAGAGAGAGUGAGAGAGAUGGAAAAGGAAAGAAAGAGAAGUCUCCGGGUGGUGCUAGUCCCAUUCCCGUUCCAAGGCCACAUAACCCCAAUGCUUCAGUUGGGCAGCAUCCUCCACUCCAAUGGUUUCUCCAUCACUGUCGUUCACGCCCAAUACAACUCCCCCAACCCUUCAAGCCACCCUGAUUUCAGCUUUAUUCCCUUGCCGGAUACCUCAUCCGGCCCGCCCGUACCUGGCGAUAUAAUAGCUUCUUUAGUACAGCUUAAUACCAAUUACAAAGCUCGUUUCCAGGAAUGCUUGGCUGAAGUGAUGAGGCAACAGGGCCCGGACGAUGGAAUCGCCUGCAUCAUCCACGAUGAGUUGAUGUACUUUUCCCAAGCAGAGGCGAAGGACCUGAAGCUUCCAAGCAUCGUCUUAACCAUCAGUAGUGCCGCCAAUUUUCUUGCUCGUGCUGCCCUUAUCCAACUCAGGGCAGAAGGCCACAUCCCCUUCCCAGAAUCUAUGUCGCAGAAUCUCGUUCCGGAGCUUUAUCCACUUAGGUUCAAGGAUCUACCUAUUUUUGAAAAAUUAGAUGAUUAUUUGCCAAUAGUGAGUAAAGCUUUUAACAAUAAAACAUUUUCACCCAUCAUUUAUAAUACAAUUGAAUGCCUUGAAAAUUCAUCAUUGGCAAAGAUCCAACAGCAAUAUCAAGUUCCAAUAUUUCCAAUAGGCCCUAUGCAUAGGAUUGUCUCGACUGCUUCCUCUAGUAGCUUAUUGGAAGAGGACAUUAGUUGCUUGACAUGGCUUGAUAAGCAAAGUUGUAAAUCUGUCAUUUACGUAAGCUUGGGAAGUGUGGCAUUCAUGGACAUCAAAGAGCUUGUUGAGAUGGCUUUGGGGCUAGCAAACAGCAUGCAACCUUUCUUAUGGGUGGUUCGGCCAGGCUCAGUUCGUUGUGCUGAAUGGAUUGAGGUAUUACCUGAAGGUUUCAAAGAAAACAUUGGUGAGAGGGGUUAUAUUGUGAAAUGGGCACCCCAAAAAGAAGUUUUGGCGCACGGCGCUGUGGGAGGGUUUUUGAGCCAUUGUGGAUGGAAUUCAACGAUAGAGAGCAUAUGCGAAGGAAUUCCAAUGAUAUGCCGACCGUGUUUUGGAGACCAGACAGUGAAUGCAAGGUAUGUCAGCCACGUAUGGAGGUUAGGCCUGGAAUUGGAGGGUGAUUUGGAGAGAGGUGAGAUAGAGAGAGCUAUAAGAAAAGUAAUGGCGGAAGAGGAAGGGGAGGCCAUGCGGGAAAGAGCUAAGAAUUUGAAGGAGAAUAUUGAACUUUGCACUAAAGAAGGUGGCUCUUCCUACAAUUCCUUGAAGAGGCUGGUGGAGAUGAUCAUGUCAUUUUAAUACCGCAUCUGCUAUUAUUGCUUUACAAUUGACUAGCUAGCCCUCUUUUCUACAUUUGAUACUUCAUGUAUAUGGAUUAUGGACUAAGGAUCGAUCGGAGAUCAAACAUUUUUAUUUUUAUUUAUUUAUUUAUUUUUGUGUGUG